AUGUCUGACGGACUAAACCCCCACCGUCAAGCCCGCGUAGCCGAGCUCCUCUCCGACUUCCGCACUUUGCAAUACUACAUCGCCGCAGCACCCACCUCUCCCUCGAACCCCAACGAUUACUACACCGAAGGGUGGGCCGCCUUGCGCCAAUGCGCUCUGGACGGCCAACACAUCUUGAACUGCGCGGCGGAUAUCAGCAUCCCAAGACACGAGGCACAGAAGAUUUACUUGAGGCAGGCGGCCGCGCAGAGAUGGGUGGGGUGGAGGGAUCAGGUUGUUGCUCAGGGAGGAGGACAAGAAGGUCUUGAGGCUAUUGACGUGCAGUUGAGGAUUGAACUUGCAAACAUCACCGACGAAGCAGUCCUUGGCCAGCUCCAUGCAAAUGAUAUCGGUUUGGGCCGCUGGAUAGACGAGGACCCGAGCCUCAUGGAGGUCCAUGCAUGGCUUUGUUCGAGGGCACCGUGCUAA